AUGGCACCCCUGUGGUUCCUGGGAGUGUUUCUCAUUGACACUUUCCUGUCUCAGACUCAAGGAGUUAAAGAAGAUGUUGCCCUGGGCAGUCCAUUUGUGGAAAGAGCUGUACAUGAAGCCAUGGAACUUGUGGACCAGGCCUAUAAAGUGACCAGAGACCAAUACAAAGAGAAACUGAGAAAAAGGUCCCUGCAAACAACUGACCUUCUGCGUUUCUUUAAGCAACCUCUGGCAGAAACUAGGACUGCGGUGCGAUCUGCAGAGUACAUGGAAACUGCACUGCACAUCAUCCAACGCAAUGUCCAUCGAGUCCACAAACGCUCCCUGAAUGCAUCAGAUUUGUUAUCACCGACUGACCUGGAUGCCAUUGCACAUGUCACAGGCUGUCUAGCUAUACGUCAGCCCCCACUCUGUAAAUACGACUGUUUUACAGACCGAUACAGGACCUUCACCUCUGUGUGCAACAACAGGAGGAAGCCUCGCCUGGGAUCGUCUAACACUGCACUCACCCGAUGGCUCCCAGCUCGCUAUGAAGAUGGAGUUUCACUUCCACUGGGUUGGACUCCGGGCAAAUUGCAUUCUGGAUCUUAUCUGCCACUGGUUCGAAAGGUGUCAAACAAAAUCCUGAAAACAGCCAAUAAAGAUGUGGUCUCAGAUUUAACAAGAAGUCAUUUUUUUAUGCAGUGGGGUCAGUGGACUGAUCAUGACAUGAGUUUAAGUCCUUUGAGUGGCAGCCUCCAGACCUUCAAUGACGGCAUCGAUUGUCAAAAAACUUGUGUUCAGCAAAGUCCUUGUUUCCCAAUUCAGAUCCCUCAAGGUGACACAAGAAUCAAGGACAGGAGUAAAUGCUUUCCGUUCUUCCGGUCAGCUCCUGCGUGUGGCAGUGGUGAGCUGGGCUCAUUGUUUGGAGAUGUCAACACUCGUCAGCAGAUCAACGCACUUACUGCUUUCAUUGAUGUUAACGAAGUCUAUGGCAGUACAGACUGUCUGGCCAACAAACUCAGAAACCUCACUAAUGAACUUGGCCUGUUGGCUGUCAAUAAAGAAUUCUCCGACAAUGGACGAGAAUAUUUACCAUUUAACACCAUUUCAAGCAACCUUUGUGGAAGUAUGGGGGAAAGUUGUUUCACCAGUGAGAACUCAACUCCGUGUUUUAUAGCUGGAGAUGUACGAGUAAAUGAACAGCUAGCCCUGUUAUCGUUACAUACGGUAUUUCUCCGGGAACACAAUCGUUUAGCAAGAGAGCUGAAAAGGAUGAACCCUCACUGGAGCGGAGAUACAACUUAUCAGGAAGCAAGAAAAAUCCUGGGAGCUUUUCAACAGAUAAUAACCUACAGAGACUUUCUUCCAUUACUUAUUGGGAAUGAAGCAAUGCAGAAAUUUCUCCCACCUUAUGAAGGCUAUAAUGAAUUUACCGAUCCCAGUAUCGCUAAUGUUGUCUCAACAGCAGCUUUUCGUUUCGGACAUCUCAUCAUUCAGCCAAAGCUAUUCCGCCUGAAUGAAAAUUACCAGGAACACCCACAAUUCAAAAACAUUGACCUGCACCAGGCUUUCUUCACUCCCUGGAGACUGAUCAGGGAAGGUGGCGUUGAUCCCCUCAUACGAGGAUUGCUGGGCAGGCCAGCCAAAUUGCAAGUACAGGACAAGAUGAUGCAUGAUGAAUUGCGAGAAAGGCUUUUUGAAUUGACCAGCCAAAUAGCCUUGGACCUGGCUUCUUUGAAUAUGCAGCGUUCCCGGGAUCAUGGUCUUCCAGGUUUUAAUGCUUGGCGGAAAUUCUGUGGCCUUUCAGAAGCCAGGAAUCAGCAACAACUUCAAAGUAUCCUCAAGAAUUCGGACUUGACAAAGAAAUUCCUCCAGUUGUAUGGAACUGCAAACAAUAUCGAUGUGUGGGUUGGGGCAAUCGCUGAGCCAGCUGUCAAUGGUGGAAAGGUUGGCCCUUUGUUGGCUUGUUUAAUAGGACAGCAAUUCAAGAACCUGAGAGAUGGAGACAGAUUCUGGUGGGAAAAUCAAGGAGUUUUCUCAGGCAGCCAACGCCAGGCUCUUUCUCAAAUCUCCCUGUCCAGGAUUGUCUGUGACAACACCGGGAUUAAACUUGUUCCUCAGGAAGCAUUUAAGUUCAAUCAGUACCCAAAAGGGUAUGUGGAGUGCAGCAAGAUACGAAAGGUAGACCUCAGUGACUGGAAAGAGGAUGCUCAAGUGACCCCCUGUGGCUCUGUUCCUGUUGUGAGAAAUGCCCAUUUUUCAAUCUGUAGUUUGGCCGUCAAAUACAGCUGUAAAUCUGGAUUCAAGAUAGUGGGAGAGGAUACAAUAACAUGUCUGAGUAAUGGAAAGUGGAACUCUUCACCACCUAGAUGCGUGAGUGCAAAGGUCAAGAUUUGCUCAAAAUGGAAGCAGUUAGAGAAUGGGCACCUGGAAAAGGUGCAUGGGGUUCCCUGUGAGAAUCAAAGUACAGUAACAGUGGACGACAACUUGAUUGGACCAGAAAAAGAUUAA